AUGCCCGAACAAACCAAUCUCGAGUCCAGCGGCUUAUCGGUGCGCUCUCGCCCUAAAGUCACCAACUUCUUGCCUAUACUCAAAACGAUCGAUGGACUGAACGCUGUGGCUGCGAAUGUUGAUGUGGAUAUGGCUAUGGGAGAGAACUGGCUUAUCCGCGAACCAUUAGGUGCUAUUUGGAAGAAGGUUGUGGCCGAGGAGUUUGAUGCAAAGGACCUCAGCUAUUCUCAUGGAAUUGGGGGUAGUCUCCCGCUGCUCUCUGCCUUCUCAUCCUUCUUCAACCAGUUCUUCCAUUCCCGUAUUCACAUCACGCCAGAGCAUGUGACUACAAUUGCGGGAGCCAGCACCUGUCUUGACUCCCUACUCUACGCCGUCUGUGACGAGGGAGAUAGUAUUCUGCUGCCGUCACCGUUUUGGGGAGGCUACGGCGCUUUCAGUAAAUUCCGCGCCGACGUGAACAUCAUCCCCACUGCAAGUCUACCUCUACGGACUGCUCUAUCCUCAGAUAUUGUAGCGGAAGUGAAGACUGCAUACGCCAGCGCCCCAGACCCUAAACGUAUCAAGGCGUUGUUGGUAACCAACCCCCAUAACCCAAUAGGACGCUGCUAUUCCCCGUCGACACUGCGAGAAUUGAUGGCUUUCUGUCAGGAAAAGGGCCUGCAUUAUAUCUCGGAUGAGGUGUUUGCAAUGUCUGUAUUUGGGGGAGAGGGCGACGAAAAGUUCACGUCAGCACUUGCGCUUGUGGAUGAUGGGGAGGAGAGUCCUAUAGAUGCAAACCGCGUGCAUGUAAUCUAUAGCAUGAGCAAAGACUUUGGAUCAGCUGGUAUCAGGAUGGCAUGUCUCGUUUCCCCCCGCAACCGCCCUGUCCUCGACGGAAGCAUGCUUGCCAACUACCUCCAAACAUCCAAUUUCAGUAGCAUUUACACAACUGCAAUCUUAACCUCCCCCUCUCUUCCGUCCAUUCUCGCAGAUCUAAACUCUCAGCUCGCGAAGAAUUACGCCCUUCUUACCCAAGCUCUCGACCAGUGGGGCAUCGAUCACCUGCCCACUCAUGCGGGUUUCCACCUGUUUGCAAAAUUGGCCAAGAACGCUCAGACCUGGGACGAGGAAAUGGCUUUCGUCAAGCAAUUGUUGCAUGCUGGUGUUAUGGUGGCUCCGGGGAAGAAUUUCGGUGGUGUAGAUGGUCAAAUCGGUUGGGUUAGGAUGUCUUUCUCAAUUCCGGAGAAGGAUUUACGGGUGGGACUGGAGAGAAUUAGCGAAACUUUGGGUUUAGGCAAGACUGGUGAGGAGAAGUAA